AUGACAAGCAAUCCUUCUCCGGCCGCACAAACCGCGCCUCCAGCAGCUGCACACGUCGAGGAUGAAGUCGACAAUCUGGAUGACCUAGAUGACGUGUUGGACGAGUUCGACCAGCCUUCUAGCUCGACUACUGCGCAAAACCCAAGUGCCGCCGCAACCAAGACGACAACGGAUCCGACGGCGGAACCGACAGCUGCGGCGGUAGAUACAAAGCAGACUACAAGUGCUUCGGUAGGCGUAGAUGCUCAAGAUGAUGCUGGACUGGACGACAUGCUCUCGGAAGACUUUGCCAAAGAGUUGGCACAAGGCAUGCAAGCCUUGAUGAAAGAGCUCGGUAGCCAAGCCAACACCGACGCUGAAGGGCUUGUCGGUGGAGCUGGAGCUGGAACAGAGGCAGCUGGAGGACAGGAAUUCAAUGAGCAAGAGCUUAUGAAGCAGUUUGAGGCCAUGAUGGCUGGAUUUGGCGGCGCCGGCGAUGCUGCUGCUCCUACCACCGACGCUGGACCAUCGAGACGAUCUGCUGCAGCUGGCUCUACCGGCUCUGGAACGGCGAAACCAGGCAACUUCAACGAUGCGAUCGCCGCCACCAUGGCUAAGCUCAAAGAAUCGGAUGCGUCAGCGACCGCUGACUCUGCGUCGUCGGACAACCCAUUUGCGGGUCUGUCUGGUGCCGAGGGCGAAGAGAUGGCCAAACUGCUUGCCGCGCUGGGCGGCUCUGGUGACCUGUCCGGGCUCGAGGGCGCAAUGGACAAUCCGGAACUCACCAAGAUGCUGGAAGGAAUGAUGGACGAACUCAUGUCGCGUGACAUUCUGUACGAACCACUCAAGGAGCUACGCGACAAGUACCCCGCCUACCUCGCCGGCCCGGAAUCGGCCAGUAUCUCGGCAGAAGACAGGAAGAGAUACGAAGAGCAGAGCAGAUACAUCACCGAGAUCGUCAAGAUCUUUGACGAACCAGGUUACGAUGCCAAGGAUAAAGUCAAGGCGGCUAGGGUGCAGGAGCUGAUGAACCAGAUGCAGGACUGUGGUAGCCCACCCAAGCAGAUUGUGGGGGAUAUGCCGGCUGAGCUCGAGAGCCUGCCUGGAUUCGGUGGCGCAGGAGGAGCAGCUAACGACGAGUGUACCAUCAUGUAA